GUUACGAUUCGGUGAACGUUGUGAAAGGCUAACACCUUCGCCAUUUCCCCCGCACAAAGCUCUUUCUUUUUUUCUGCUCCAUCGACUGUGUUAAGCCAUGGCCUCUUCAUUUUCAAUGCAGUUGAUCCAUACCCACAACCGUCUUCCAUGGUUUCGCCAUAUCCAGGGUAAUUAUAGCCAAGAUGUGGCUAAGGUUCUUAGGCCUAGUAUGGUAGGUAGCAGUAGCGGAUUACAGCUUGGUCAUAGCAAAGGAUUGGCAUCAAGAUCACAUUAUGCCCUAAGGUUUUCUGUUUUGCAACAAUCCGAUCCAAAAUCGAUCAGAUAUAGGACCAUGGUCUGUGUCAAUGCUACAGAAAACAAUGUUGUAGAGCUGCAAGCCAAAGUGACAAACAAGUGCUACUUUGAUGUAGAAGUUGGGGGUGAACCUGUCGGCAGGAUUGUUUUGGGCCUAUUUGGAGAGAUCGCUCCUAAAACAGUUGAGAACUUCCGUGCUUUGUGCACAGGAGAGAAAGGAUAUGGCUACAAAGGAUGCUCCUUCCAUCGUAUAAUCAAAGAAUUCAUGAUUCAAGGAGGGGAUUUUACUGAAGGAGAUGGAACUGGUGGAAUUAGCAUCUAUGGUCCCAGUUUUAAAGAUGAGAGUUUUGCCUUGAAGCAUGUUGGUCCUGGGGUUUUGAGCAUGGCAAAUGCUGGUCCUAACACCAAUAGUAGUCAAUUUUUUAUCUGCACGGUAAAGACUCCUUGGCUAGACAAUCGUCACGUGGUGUUUGGACACGUCAUUGAUGGAAUGGAUGUUGUGAAGACACUUGAAUCCCAAGAGACAAGCAGAAUGGAUAUCCCUCGGAAGCCUUGCAGAAUUGUUAACUGCGGUGAGCUUCCUUUAGAUAGUUGAUUCUUGUGAGGAAUUCCGGCACAUUUUUCCGACUUACGGUAGUCAGUACAAAUUAUUUUCUUCCCAAUCUUAUGAAUCAUGUUUGUGUGUUUGAAUUAUCAUUGUCACUACUGAAUCGGAUGCCAUUAAGACCAGAGAGACAACACUCUUGUUCUGUAUUAGUAGAUCAGAGCCAAAUUCUUAUAGAGGAGAUAGUAUUAUCUUUUUCUUGAGAAAUUAUCCUUCUCUAUGUUUUAACCAAUGUCAAGGAUUGAAACAUACUAACAUGAAAAGACAAUAGCAUGAGAAGAUCCAAAUCCAGCGGGAAAAGAAAAAAAAGAAAAAAGAAAAGAAAGGAAACAAUAAUGUGUACUAGAGUGUUCUUAGUGUAGCACCUGUGAUGUAGGAACAUGUUAGUGGCUCACAGAAGCAAUUUAUAAAUGUAUAUUACUAAUGUGAAUGUGCAAAGUUGGUUCAUUGCAAACU